GCUUCCUCGCUCGACCCACCCCUCCCAACCCAACCCAACCCAACCAGUCCGUCCCACUUCCAUCCAAGAGGGCAGGGCCCUUCCGUCAAGUCUCAACUUAGAUGGGAAACACAUCGUCGACUCGCCAACAACAUGCCUUGGACGGACUCUGCGAAUCGCCCGUCCAUCCGUCAUGGUAUCCCGAAGGAUCCGUCUCUGGGCACAGCAGCUCGCACUCGCUGUGCUCAGUGCCGCCGGCCCCCAUAUCCCAAUCGUUCGCCUCCGAGGUGCUCGUCUACAUCCACGGUCGGAUGGAGUCCAUGGCCCAAUACGAGAAAGGCCUACCGCACUUCCGGGGCCAGCCCAGGCCCAUGCUGGACUCUCCCGAGCCGUCGUCUUACUACCCUCCGACCCAUCGCAUCGCUCGCCCACGGCCCGCCGCUUCGCCAGAAGAUCCUGCAGAUCCAUUGGGCAUCGUACCUUGCUCCGCCUCAACCGCAUCGGGCAACGACGAGUGCGCAGGUCCAUCGUCCGACCCCAUGUGCUCCAUCUGCUGUGACUCCAUGCCAUUGCACAAGGAGUUCCGAAUUCCGUCGUGCGGCCACAGCUUCUGUCGCACCUGUGCGCACUCGGUCGUCACCGCCGAGUUGUUCGCGCGCCGGCUCCCGAUCGUAUGUCCCAUCUGCAAGGCCGAGAAGGUUGUCCCGACAGUCAAAGUCCGAGCCACGAGGUCCAGCGACCCCGUCUAUUCGCACGGAAGCUCCGUAGCCUCGUUCUCGGACGCUGCCCCAGCCCCUCUGGGAGCGACAAGGAGAAACUAUUCGUUGUCUGAUGUCUUUCAUAUUCCGAAUCGCUCAGAAGUCCCCAAGCGCUUGUGGAAAUCCCACAGCUUCAUGAUCCAUCGGCUAUCGAAGUCAGAUACACUCGAGAUCGCUACCGACAUUGCCGAGCCCAGGAUCGGGGUUAUAACGGAAGAUGUUGCCGCCCAGAUUCUGACAGUCUCCGAGAAGAUCCAGAUGCGACGAAUCACGAUCCAGGUCGAAGUCCUCGACAAGUCCAAUGCCCACUCGGGACUGGUUCUCUGUCCAAACACCAGUUGCUUCGGGGUAUUCUCGAUUGACCCGUCGCUGACCCAGGCCAAAUGUCCGUUCUGCGAGACAUCCUGGUGCGUAUCCUGCAAGGCCGACACCAGCCACGAGGGCCUGAGCUGCCAGGAGUACACGAAAAUGCGAGAGGAGUCUCGGUCGGCCGACGGGACCGUCAACUCUGCCUUGCUGAGGGACGAGUUCAAGUUCGAGACCCUUGUCCGGCAGAUGCAGUGGACUCGAUGUCCAAACUGCACACGGGUGUGCGAGAAGGACGGAGGAUGCAAUAAGAUCGUUUGCGAGAUGUGCAACACCAUAUUCUGCUAUAUCUGCGGCAAGAAGCUCCAUCCAAAGAAGCCAUACUCGCACUACGCCAAACGAUGGAAAAAGUGCUAUGGAAAGCUGUUCUUUGGAGACCCGACCGAAUAGUCCAGCUGCGCUGGAUGAGGAUGCACAUGCACAAGCAACUCUCACGAUUCUCUGUGAGGGGCCUUUCCCGUAUCCUUCUCUGAUUCCGGUGUCCACUUUGGGCACUGCACCCUCCACCUCGUGGUUUUUGUGUUAUUUGGGUCCAUAUUGCUCUGUAAUGCACUCAGACGAAAAAUGGAACAUCCUCAUAUCCAC